UCAAACAAUAGCCCAGUGGCUAGCAGGCUAGCAUUGUCCCGCUCCAUAACGGGUCGCUGAGUUGCUCCUUCGCUGCUCGAUGUGUUUCAUUGGGCUGUUCAGAUGGACUUCGGGCAGCAUGUGUUAUCCGCGGGCAAAGCCGUCCUGGACAUGAUGGAGAGAGAAUGGCAGCCUCUGUCCGCCGGGGAGCUGGACUUUCGGCUAGACCAAGCGAUGGAGGAGAUCCUGGAGUCCGAGCUGGUUGGGAAAAUCGAAACGCAGCCCUCUCCCGCUGUCUACAUUCAGUUACUGCAGAGUAAAGCAAGCCCUGCCCCUCAGGUUUCACCCACAGCAGCUGCGUUUAGUGGUCUCACCGAGGAAGGAAGGACGACAGAGGACCAGGAGGAGACAGCGGACAGUGAAGCAGUCCAGUGCAUCUCAGAGUUGCUUCAACGCUCCAAAUCCAGGGAUCGAUUGGCUGGACGGGCUCACUUGUCUUUAUCUCACACGGUGCUCCUGUCUCUGUCACUGCUCUCCGAACAGGUCAGCUACCGCUCCGUGUCCCGCCGCUUCCAGCUGGAGAAGGGAAACAUCCACAGGAUCUUCUUCUCGUUCUGCGAGAGAAUCAGCUCGCUCAAGGAGGAGCAAAUCAGAUGGCCACUUGGAGAAGAGGCUGCUGAGGCACUUUUCCCAUUUUCAAGUCUGGUUGAAAUAAAAGAUCAAGAUGAAGGACAUGGUCUCCCUCAUGUUCUGGGAGUAUUGGGACACACACGGAUUCCUAUACGUUUGCCCAUAGAAAAACAUGACCCGGAGAGGGUUGGACCGGCGGAAAAGAGAAUGAAGGAGGGCCAAUCCGACUCCUGGUUAAAUUUGGAGCUUGUGUGCAGCCACAGAGGCCAGUUCCUGCACUGCAGAGUCAGCAAAAGCUCAGAUGUAGAUCGAGGCAGGACACUGAGUGACCGACUCAAACAGAACCAUGAACUGAUGCCGCUGGGCUCCUUUCUUGUAGCCAGAGCCGGAUACCCUCUAACAGCACAGAUUCUAACCCCUUACACUGGAGAAAAAGGACCAAAACAGGAACUCUUUAACCAAACCUUGGAGGAACACUGUCGGAUUCUCGAUCAGGCGGUCAGCAGCCUGAAGGCCAGAUUCAAACGGCUCACCUAUCUGGACAUCGGAAACUACGACCGAGCCGGGACUGUUGUUCUGACUGCAUGUGUAUUACACAAUGUGUUCUUACAGAUGGGACAUGAGGUUGAAGGAGAGUCUGAGACGGCGAAUCUUCUAACUGCACAAAAUGAGGAUGGGGAGGAAGAUGAGGAGGGAGUACAGAGACGCAAUGAAGUUGCAGAAUUGCUCCUGAUGAAUGCUCAUUCUGGGGGCGCGUGAUAUUUACAUUGAUAAAAACAUGAGGUAAUAAAGAUUUAUUUUGUUAGAGCGUCAGUUGUCUCAUCUAGUCUAAAUUAACACUGGGGUUCUAGACAACGCAGGAACCCUGUGUUGUCUAGCAAAAUUUAGAAAUGUUCUAGUUUUGGAUGAAUGUAGAGCCAGAAAACAAGAAUAUAAAAAAAUAUAUUACAUUUUUCCAGAAUUUUCCUUCAGGUUUGAAAUAGCCAGGCAAUUUUAGAUAUCUGCUUCAUUACAGCUGUCAAUAUCAGGAAUCUGGACGACUGAGGAGUUCAUUCAGCUUUUUGAUUAAGGUGAGGAAGUAGAGACACAUCUAAAUGCUGCAGGAUUCUGGAAUUCAAGACCUCUGUUCUAUCAUAUCUUAAUGUUAAUUCCUUUUUUGGGGGGGUGGGGGUGGUGGUCCAUCCUCUCUUGCUUGUUCCCUCCUCCCUGCCAUAUUGUCCUCACUACUUCCUUUCCUGCUUGUUAAAGUCCUACCAUCCUUGUGUUUGUUAAUCUUCAUUUAUAUCCAUCUAUCCAUAUUUUGAAAUUUGAGAAAUUUGGGGAACUGGUUCAGGAAAAACAAAUAUGUUUGAAACGUGAACAAACUUGUCUUUAAUGAGAAUUUACUCAUACCAUGGGGAAUUUAGUGCUUUAAUAACUCCUGAACUUUCUCUUUUUGUCACAUUGCAAUCACAGAACUACUGUUUUGAUGUUUUAUCUUCUAACCCAGUGUAAAACUUCUCAAUUUUCUUCCUGAUCUGUCUGCUGGAUUCCUCGGUCUUUAUCAUAGUUUUGAUUAUGAAUAAUCUCCUACAAACCUACCUGGCCUUAUCAGAAAAUCAACAUUUAUACAUCUUUCUACAAUGGAUUGUUUGGAAGCAUUCCAAUAAAAGGAGGAUCAAUACAAAAGAGAAAAAAAAAAAAUCAAGUACAGUAUUGGUUUUCUUCCAUCCAUUAUGUUUCACACUUAUCCCAGCUGGGGUCCGAGG